AUUCCCGCCCAUUUUGAAGAACAAUUUACCGAAUUUCUCUUUGGGCUCUAGGGUUUGGCUCAUCCCCUCCAAGCUGGCCUCGAUUCUCUGUGAGAUGCUUUCCGCUUCAUAGUCUCUCAAACCCUAAACCCGAAAAUGAGUGCUCCCAGUCCCAUGGAGAUCUCUCUGCAAAACCCCCAAGACAAGGAGAUUCCGGACCAAAACGGCGUCAUCGCGGUAGACUCAGCUCCUUCUCCUAGUCUUCCCCAUGACAAAGUACUUGUUUCAGUUGAAGUCUCCCUCAAGCCCUCAAGCACAGCUCGGAUUGACGAUGUACGGUCAGCCGUUGAGAGAAUGCUUGAAAAGAGGAGUUUAAGCUAUACUGAUGGACCUGUGCCCGUGCCGCCCGACGAUCAGUUCCUGACGGAAAAUGUGCAAAGAAUCUGUAUUUGUGACACGGAUGAGUGGGUGCAGAACCAUGAGAUCCUUUUGUUCUGGCAAGUAAAGCCUGUUGUGCAUGUUUUUCAGCUUAGCGAAGAGGGAGCAUGUGAGGACGUAAGUGGCGAUGGACAACCUUCUACCUUUAAUGAAUGGAUUCUUCCUGCGAAGGAAUUUGAUGGGAUGUGGGAAAGCUUAAUUUAUGAAUCUGGUCUCAAGCAAAGGUUGCUGCGGUAUGCAGCUAGUGCGUUGCUUUUCACUGAGAAGGGUGUCAAUCCUUUCCUUGUGUCAUGGAAUCGCAUUGUUCUUUUACAUGGACCUCCAGGCACUGGAAAAACCUCUUUAUGUAAAGCACUGGCUCAAAAACUAUCUAUUCGAUUUAACUCCAGAUACCCACAGUGCCAAUUGAUUGAAGUUAAUGCACAUUCUUUAUUCAGUAAAUGGUUCUCCGAGAGUGGAAAAUUGGUUGCAAAGCUUUUCCAAAAAAUUCAAGAGAUGGUAGAAGAGGAAAACAAUCUGGUAUUUGUUUUGAUUGAUGAAGUUGAAAGCCUCGCUGCUGCUAGAAAAGCUGCUCUAUCUGGUUCUGAACCUUCAGAUUCUAUUCGGGUAGUGAAUGCGCUGCUAACUCAGUUGGACAAGUUGAAAUCAGCACCGAAUGUGAUAAUUCUGACAACAUCCAACAUAACGGCUGCUAUUGAUAUUGCAUUUGUUGAUCGAGCUGAUAUAAAAGCAUAUGUCGGUCCCCCAACUCUGCAAGCGCGUUAUGAAAUUCUAAGGUCCUGCUUGCAGGAACUUAUACGAACAGGAAUUUUAUCAAAUUUUGAGGAUUGUGAAAGCCUCAUGCUUCCUAACUACGGUAGCUUGAAAGAGAAAUUGAAUAUGCCUGAGGUUCAAGAUGCCCGAACACUACACAUGUGUAAGCUAUUGCUUGAAACAGCAGAAGCAUGUGAGGGAUUAAGUGGACGAUCUUUAAGAAAGCUUCCAUUCCUAGGGCAUGCGGCUCUUGCAAGUCCUUAUGGUUGUGACCCUAGCAAGUUCUUGAGUACAAUGAUAGAUACGGCUAGGAGGGAGCGUUCUGAGCUACCUGACUGAAUCGACUAAUUUUCACAUCUUGUGAACAAUGUAUUUUUGUUCUUACUGCAAACUGUGACUUAUAAUCUAAUUCAUUUUAAAGCAUUAGCAGCUUCCCUUCCUUUGUGAUGAAGAUUAUAGUUAAAAUUAU